GCUGAUAGAGGAACUCACACCAUCUACAACAAACAUGAAGAACGUUUGAGUCCAAACUCACAGCAGAUCAGCAUUAUAUAUACUGUACAUAUAUAUAAGUCACCAUGACCGAGAGCUGUCACUCAGAGGCCCCUCACGCAGGAGCCAUCGGCCCCCAUGACAACAGAUUUCCUGUUUCAUAAAGCAGAACAGGACUCGCUGCUCGUGAAGUGUGAAGCUCAUUGUUCCAGUCUGCAGCUUCACUGUAGAUUUCAGGAGCGUGAUUUCAGACGACUCUGAUCUGCUCAGUAAUCUGUUUUAAUGUGUAUUUUGCUGUUGUCAUGUUGAGUAUGAACUCACUGCAGGGUGAGCUCAUGUUUAUAUUGAGCUGCAUGUGAAUCUGAUGUUUGAUCAAACAUUCACUCGUGUGAUUGUGUCUCGUUUGGUUUUUCUCAGAUUUGACGGCGGAGGAGCAGAUGGAGAUCGAGCGGCUGAAGGUGCACAAGCAGAUCCUGCUGGAUGACAUCGAGAAACUGAAGAACCAGAUUGAAAACGUCAUGGCAGAUAUUCAGGAUUUCAAAUCAGCAGAAGACAGUAAGAUGCUGGAGAGGGAGAAACGCUUCUGUAGCGGCAAGAAGAAAUUCAACAUGGAUCCUAAAAAGGGAAUCAAGUAUCUUGUGGAUAAUGAGCUUCUGGAUUGGAAACCAGAGCGAGUGGCUGAGUUUCUGUAUAAAGAGGAAGGACUGAAUAAGACCGCCAUCGGAGACUUCCUGGGAGAGAGGGAAGACAUGCACCUGCAGAUCCUCAAAGCGUUUGUGGAGCUGCACGAGUUUUCAGAUCUGAACCUGGUCCAGGCGUUACGGCAGUUCUUGUGGAGUUUCCGUCUGCCGGGUGAAGCUCAGAAGAUCGACCGCAUGAUGGAGGCCUUCGCCACACGCUACUGUAACUGCAACGUCAACGUCUUCCAGUCCACAGACACGUGUUAUAUCCUGUCGUUUGCCAUCAUCAUGUUGAACACGAGUCUGCACAAUCCCAACGUGAAGGACAAGACUACGCUUGAGAGAUUCAUCAGCAUGAACCGCGGGAUCAACAACGGUCAAGAUCUGCCCAACGACCUUCUGACGAAUCUGUACAACAGCAUACGCAACGAACCCUUCAAAAUUCCAGAGGAUGACGGGAACGAUCUGACGCACACCUUCUUCAACCCGGACCGAGAGGGCUGGCUGCUCAAACUGGGCGGCCGUGUGAAGACGUGGAAGAGACGCUGGUUCAUCCUGACCGAUAACUGCCUGUAUUAUUUUGAAUAUACCACGGACAAAGAGCCGCGUGGCAUCAUUCCUCUGGAGAAUCUGUGUGUGAAGGAAGUCAUGUUUCAACGCAAACCGUAUUGUUUGGAGCUGUAUAACCCCAACAGCCGGGGUCAGAAGAUCAAGGCGUGCAAGACAGAGACGGAUGGACGUGUGGUGGAAGGGAAACAUCAGUCGUACACCAUCUGUGCCGCUUCAGCCGAGGAGAGAGACGACUGGAUCGAAUCCAUCAGGGCCAGCAUCACUAAAGACCCCUUCUAUGAUCUAGUGUCCACCCGCAAAAAGAAAGUCAUCAACAAAGUGGCAGAGUAAUGAUGAAACGACUGAACUACAACUACAAACGGACAGAACUAUAAGAGAGCACUGCUUAUUUAUUAAAGCUCAGGAGAUCAGCUCUGUCUCAGACGUUUCUCCUGAAAGUCCUUAGACAUACAGAUUCAAAUGAGUCAGUAGUUGUGAGUAUAAACCAAUAGAAGCAUAUUAGAAAUGCAAAGUCGGCAACACCAAAGCUCCAAAAGUAUCAAAGAAAUUAAUUUAAAAAAAUUCGCAUAGUGUGUUACGUUUCGAGCACGCAGGCUCUUCAUCAGAUAAAUGAACAACACUGAUAUGCCUCUCUUUAUACCUCCAGGUGCUCAAAACGUAACACACUAUGCAAAUUUUUUAAAAUAAAUUGCUUUGGUGUUGUCGACUUUGCAUUUCUAAUAUGCUUCUACUUGUUUUUUAGUCGAGCACCCAUUUGAGAUUGAUGUGCGCGCUGUUGCUUGCUCUUACUGAGUAUAAACCAAUGAAAUGAAUAUGAAGCAGCUCUGAUCAUUUGAAGAGAAUGUUGAGUUCAUAUUGAGAUCAUCUGAGACAUUGUUGAGAUCUUUUCUGAAAUAAUCUUUUCACUGCCUGUUGAUUUUAACGUCAUUUCUCAGAGGUUUCUCUCUCUCUAGCUCAGGAAAUGUAGAAAGUAUCAACUUUGUCUUAGACGUUGCUCCUGAAAUUCAUCAGGAAAAGUAAAAAUAGGGCCAAAUGAGUCACUAGUUCUCAUCCAGCAAGACAUCAAUUGAUGAGACAUGAUUGGGUUGUUUUCUGAAACUCUGACAUGUGAGAUUACUGGUGUCUUUUUUUGGAAGUGAAUGUUCAUGUUUGACCUCAUGAAGAGAUCCUGAGAUUGUGUUCUUGUUUAACAUUCGACUGAAUCUAUUCCAGUGAUGAGAUUCCCCUUCAAACACACAUUCAGGACAAACACAGUGACUUUGAUUUCUUUGUAGCAAAUGUUUUUUUUAUGUAAAAUACCUUUGUAAAUAUUAUAGAUCAUACAGGGUUAAAGAAUAUAUGUGAUGAAUUGUACAAUAGAUUAUUUAAUUAAAGUUAUUUGUGACUAAA